UCUACGGUCAACCUAGUUGAAAUAACACCAAGCAUAAUUGUUAAACAUAAAUGAUAGUGUCGAUUAACAUACUUAAUUUGUUGAUAACAAUUUUUAAUCGCAUCUCAAAUUAUUCACGUUUAGUUGAUGAGUGAAUCGGUUACGGCUUCUUCCACAAUGGAUUGUUACAGCACGAAGAACAUUUUGGUGCUUUACGUUGGAGGAACCAUUGGAAUGAAAAAAAAUAAUAACGGGGCUCUUAUACCAGCACAGAAUGCAUUCUUAAAGAAAAUUAAAAGCAAUCCUGAACUACAUGACGCAAAAUGGGCGAAUCUCUUUUUAGAAGAUAGGCUAAAAGAAAAUGAAAUGGUAUUACCACAGAGUUGCGGAGACAAAAUUAUAUACAGAAUGAUUGAAUAUUCUCCAUUACUAGAUUCUAGCAAUAUGACCUCCAAAGACUGGAUUAGAAUAGCGAAAGAUAUUGAGUUUUAUUAUAACAAAUAUGAUGGAUUUGUUGUUCUUCAUGGUACAGACACACUGGCGUAUACUUCUUCAGCAUUGUCAUUCAUGUUAGAUGGCUUACAAAAACCAGUUAUUAUUACAGGAUCUCAAAUACCCAUUUUUGAAAGUCGAAGUGACGCAAAAGACAACUUUUUCGGAUCUCUGUUUAUUGCUGGAUCGUUUCUUAUUCCCGAAGUGUGUGUAUUCUUUGCCAAUAAGCUUUUCAGAGGAAAUCGAGUAGCAAAGAUUUCUACAGAUGAUCUGGAUGCAUUUGCUUCCCCAAAUUAUCACGCGUUGGUAGACGUAGGUAUAGGAUUUCGAGUGUAUGAUCACUAUAUAAAGAAGAUUGAUUUAUGCAAACAAUUCACCGUUUUUACAGAAUUAAAUCCAAAUGUAGCAGUUCUCGAAUUCUUUCCAACCAUCACUGCUGAAAUGCUGUCAGCUUUUUUGCAGUUGCCAAAAGUUGAAGGUGUAGUUAUACAAAGUUUUGGAUCUGGAAAUGUACCUUCUAAAAUAGAAAUUUUAGAAGUACUUAGAAAUGCAGUAAACAAAGGUGUGAUGAUUGUCAACAUUACGAUUUGUGCUAAAGGAAACGUAUCGUAUUCUUAUGAAACUGGUAAAGUUUUAGAAGAUAUCGGUGUAGUUUCCGGAGAAGACCUUACCAUUGAAGCAGCAUUAGCAAAAAUGUGUUAUGUCUUAGGCUUACCAGACCUUACGUUUCAAGAAAGAAUGCAGGUUAUGAGAUCGGACCUAAGAGGUGAAAUGACUAUAACAAUGAACACGUAAAAACAUUAGCUUAUUAACUACUGUUAGUGUAAUUAUUGUUAAAUGUCUAAUUUAUUUUAUAUUAAAAUUUAUUAUAUUUUUUUUUAGUUUUGAAUAAAAAUAAUAGUAGAAA